GAUGCCUCAGGAUGUUUUCCGGGAGGUCACAUAAGGUUGAAUCCAAGGCCCUCACGCCACCUUGCUUCUCCUCCGUGGGGGAGAGCCACAUGCCACAGAUGGAGGACAAGCUGAAUGAGAGCCCCUGCUCUACUUCCCUGAAGGAAAGGAGGAAGCCCCAUGCCAUCAGCACGAAGCCCCGCUGGCUCAGGGGUACAAAGGUCACACCCGGGGAUGAUAAUGAGAACUGUGUGCGGUGGACCAUCGAUGCAGGCCUGCUGAAGCAGCGAGUGGAACACCUCGUGCCCGCCUUCCUGGGGACAGACCCCACAUAUGUCUCCACAUUCUUGGGCACGUACACAACCUUUACUACCACCCAAAAGGUCUUGGAAGUGUUGUUUAUGAGAUACGGAUGCUUCCAUUCAGAGGCUGAGGAGGAUGGCGGAACCCGGGAGCAGGAGAAACUGGCCAUCUCCUCCAUCCUGGGCACCUGGCUGGAUCACUACCCCGAGGACUUUUUCCAGCCUCCAGACUUCACCAGCUUGAAGUUGCUGCAGGCAUAUGUAGGGGUCCACAUGCCGGGCUCCGAGCUGCAGCGCCGCGCCCGCCUUCUCUACUCAUGGCGGAAACACCCUUUGGCAUCAGCUCUAGAGCCCCGUCCAGACGUGCCUCGCGAGCGAGCCCCCGCUAUCUCUGUGGUGCCCACUGCAGCCUCGCGGCCCAGGCUGCCUGAAGCCACCAGUUCUCCUGGAGCUCAGCGGGUACGAGAAUCGGAGACCCUCACUGCAGCGUCCCCACCAGGGCAGGAGGUACUCCCAGCUCUGGCUGACAGUCAGGAGCUGGAAGAGCCACCUGCCCCUUUCGUGGCCCCAGAACAUGAGCAGCCCCCAGCCCCAGCCAGCGGGGUCACGGAACGGCUGGAGCAAACACCUCCUGCAGCUGAGCAACCAGCCUCAGCUCCCCAACAGCAGCUCAUGUCCGCUGCAGCCCCACAGGAUGAAUUCCCUGACCUUGUCAUUGCGUUCUUUGUCAUUUCUGUAGUUGUUAUAGAAGUAUUUACUGUCCUUAUAUAUUAG